AUGCUACCCUACCUGGCUGCUUCCGCUCCUAUUGGGAAGCACCGCAGCGCCAGGGGUGGCAAGGGUGGCAGGGGAGGUGGGGGUGGCAGUGGAGGGGGCGGUGGUGGAGGCGGUCGGGGAGGUGGAGGUGGAGGUGGUGGGGGUGGUCGUGGGGGUGGAGGUGGUGGUGGGGGCGGCGGUGGCAUUGGGAGCGGUGGGGGUGGCAGCGGCGGUAGUGGGGGAGGAGGGAGCGGUGGUGGCAGCGGUGGUGGGGGCUGGAGUUGA